AUGUCCACGCUUCCUUACCAGGUGCUGGAUCUUCGAGACGCAACCUACGAGGCCUUGUGCCAGUGUUCCAAACUUCUGGAAGAUCCGGAUGAUCCUUGGCUCGUUGUCGAAGUUUUUGAGAAGCUGCGUGAGUGGCUGCGCAGAGACUUCGCUCACGUGCAGAAACUGCUGGACCCGCUUCUCGAGGUACGUACAUUGCAAGCCCUGCGGCACUUUGGGACUCACCUUGAGGUUGCUAGGCUGGGGUUUGGUGUCAUUGCUGGUUUCUGCCAGAGAAACGACAAUAAUACGGAAUUGAUGGUAGCAGCCGGAUUUGUCGAGGAUUUGGUCAAGCUGAUGGAUCUGCACAGAGAAGACGGAACCGUGCAGGACAAUGCAUGCGUGGCUGUCUGGAGGCUGGCCGAGCGACAGUCGACUGGUGCAGAAAGGGUGGUGGAGACCGACGGAUUGCAGAGGGUGCUCACUGCAAUGAAGGACCAUCGCCGCAACUCCUUCGUGCAAGUCAAUGCCCUUCUCGCGCUUGAGAAGCUUGCUCUCAAAGGGGUGGUUCCGACAGAUGGAUUUGAUCAUGCUGCCCACGAGGCAAUGAGGUUCCACCCUCGCAAUCUGCAGGUCAGGCGUGCUGCCCUUCGAGUCAAGCACCUGGACUUGCGCCGUGUCGAGUACACUGUUGAGAAUGAGAUGAGACAACAAAGGAUUGCGUCCAGUGCCCUGCCAGUCAUGAAGGCAGAGCCUUUGAGCCGCUGGCUUUUGAGCAUGGACUCCUGCGGGUUCUUGAUGGAAUAUCACGCUCGUCUUCGUCAGUACCAGACCCCGGCUGAGGUUGCCCAGAAGUACAUCAGGAACGGAAGACUUCUCAGCAGCUUUUUCGUCGACUUGGGUGUAAGGAAGCUGGGGCACCGCAGGCUCUUCGAGCGGUGGUGUCGAGACUGGGUUGGACCUCCUUCAAGUUCAGCGUCGCACGCAACGCUUGAAAACAGCAUGGGCUGA